AUGUUAUUCAAUAUUGUUGAGAGAAUUCCUUAUUGGUUUUUAUAUGAACUAUUACGUGAAAUAUGGGAUAUAUUAUACUGUGAUUUUCCGAGAAAAUCUUGGUUAUCAACCCUUCAAAAAUUAAUUGAAGAAUUUUUACAAUUGUUUCAGACAAUUUUUCCUGAACAAUUCAUUCCCAAAUUUCAUUAUCUUCUUCAUUCAGCACGAAAUACAGCAAAAUAUGGUCCAUUAGAGCGUCAAAUGAAUUUACGCUAUGAGGCGAAACAUCAUUUGUUAAAACAAAUCGCCAAUCGAUGUAAUAAUUUUAUUAAUUUAUCAUAUACGAUUUCUAAACGUAUACAGCUACUUCAGUGUUAUGAAUUAAUUGAUGAAAAUGUGUUUAAAUUAAAUAAUGUUAGUGGUAAAAUUCGUACACGACGCAAAAUAACUUUUAAUCAAUCAAUACAAAAAACAUUACUUGAUGACAGUCAAUUCAUUUAUGGUGACAUUGUUGAAUUUGUCAAAUGGGUAUUGAUAGAUAAUGUUAAAUACAAGAUCGGAGAUUUUUUUGUUGCUUAUUUAUUGGGUGGAGAAGAAAUUUCAUUAUUCGUUAAAAUUAAAUUUAUUAUUCAUAUAGCCAAACAAUGGCGUUUUAUUGUUCAAUGCUAUGAUACAAUUACAUUUAGACAAAGUUUAUGGUGUUAUGAAAUUAAUCCAUCAAACAAUAAUUGUAUAUUGAGUAAAAAUGAAUUUUUAACACACAAAGCAGAAGACUGUUAUUAUAUAAAUAAUUCAUAUUUCAUUCGUGUACCUUAUCCAUUAACUGUUAUUGAAUGA